AUGGCCACUAGCCCUAGAAUGUUAAGCAAGAAACUUCUUUCAUUCAUCCUAAUCAUUUACAUGGUGGUGGCACCACCACCGGCUAAGGCGGCGGUCACGUGUUCCACUGUGUACGAUGGCGUUCAUCCAUGUCUUAGUUAUGUGUUAUUUGGUGGAAGUGUUUCUACAGACUGCUGUAAUGGACUUGAAUCUCUUAUUGUUGCCGCUACUACCACUGCGGAUCGUCAAAGCGCAUGCUCGUGCGUGAAGAGUCUUGCAUCGCAUGCCACGGACGAAGAACUUAGUCGUGCCGCUAGUAUCCCCGGACAAUGUGGAGCAAGCGUUCCUUUCGAGAUUAGCCCAAAUGUUGAUUGCUCAAAGGUGAAGUGA